AUCAGCUAAAGCCUGUAACAAGGUGUCUGGCAUUCGUCUCGAGGUCGGGUAGCCUCUUUUUAAGAAUUCAGAGAAGAAGAAGAAGAAGCAGCGAGUAUAAUUGGCGUGUGGUUUAGGAAUUUCUGAGCUUUUUGGGCAGUGGCAUUUGAUCUCAUUGCAAAACACCCAGAGAAAUGAUUCACUUUGUGCUUCUUAUUAGUCGGCAAGGAAAAGUGAGGUUGACAAAAUGGUAUUCACCUUAUUCGCAGAAGGAAAGAACUAAGGUUAUACGGGAGCUAAGUGGAGUGAUCCUUACCCGAGGACCCAAGCUGUGUAAUUUUGUUGAAUGGAAAGGUUACAAAGUUGUUUAUAAAAGGUAUGCCAGCCUGUAUUUCUGCAUGUGCAUUGAUCAAGAAGACAACGAAUUAGAGAUUCUUGAAAUAAUUCAUCAUUAUGUGGAGAUUCUGGACCGAUACUUUGGCAGUGUCUGUGAGCUGGACUUGAUUUUCAACUUCCACAAGGCCUACUAUAUACUGGAUGAACUAUUGAUUGCUGGCGAACUUCAGGAGCCUAGCAAGAAGACAGUUGCACGGUUGAUAUCUGCGCAGGAUUCAUUGGUAGAGACCGCGAAAGAGCAGCGCAGUUCAAUAAGUAAUAUAAUUGCUCAGGCUACAAAGUAGAGGGCAGGCGUUUUUAGUUGCCUAAUCGACAUUGAAGUGCUGUCUGUAUUUUUGUUAUUCUGUGUCCGUCAGUCUUUUAACAACUGGAAUGCAUCUUUUUGUUGUUUGUGUUCUCAAGAUUGUACGAUUAUUGCCUUUCUGCUUUUUCCCUUGAUUACAUGUUGUAUAUGGUUUAUUCAUCUUCCGGAUACUGGAGAUCAUUUUUCUGUUAGGUAUUUUGUAAGUAAUACCAUUCCAC